CCGCCGGCUUCACCCCCACGCCUUGCCCCCCAGGGCUGCGGGGAACCACUGAGGGGUCCCAGAGGGGCAGUGGCGGGGUCGGAUUUCUGCUCUGGAGGCACCCCUCUGGCCUUGGGAAGACGGGCCUGGAGUGAGAGAGUCUAAGCUCCCUGAGGACAAGGCCUUGUCUGUCUUGGUUGUGGACCUGUUGCCAGUGCCUGGCGACACAUAGCAGAGACCCGGGGACACCUGUUAAUUGAGAAAACUCACUGGCCCCAGGGAAGCAGGCUUGCUGACAGCUGUCAGGUGGCAGAUGGAGAUGGAUGAUAUUAACCGUGUUCCUGAGCAACAAUGAACAGAUUUUAACAGAAGUUCCUGUAACACCAGAAACAACAUGCCGAGAUGUUGUAGAAUUUUGCAAGGAACCUGGAGAAGGCAGUUGCCAUUUAGCUGAAGUGUGGAGGGGAAAUGAGCGCCCUAUACCCUUUGAUCAUAUGAUGUAUGAGCACCUUCACAAGUGGGGACCACGAAGGGAAGAAGUGAAAUUUUUCCUUCGACAUGAGGAUUCCCCAACUGAGAGCAGUGAACAAGGUGGCCGUCAGACCCAAGAGCAGCGACCUCAGAGAAAUAUAGUAAAUGUACCUGGAGAAAAACGCGCUGAAAAUGGGGUUGGGAAUCCACGUGUGGAACUCACCCUCUCAGAACUCCAAGAUAUGGCAGCCAGGCAACAGCAGCAAAUUGAAAAUCAGCAGCAAAUGUUGGUUGCCAAGGAACAGCGUUUACACUUUCUGAAGCAACAGGAGCGCCGCCAGCAGCAGUCUAUUUCUGAAAAUGAGAAACUUCAAAAAUUGAAAGAGCGUGUCGAAGCCCAGGAAAAUAAGCUAAAGAAGAUCCGUGCCAUGAGAGGACAAGUAGACUACAGCAAGAUUAUGAACGGCAACCUGUCUGCUGAAAUAGAAAGGUUUAGUGCCAUGUUCCAGGAAAAGAAGCAGGAAGUACAAGCUGCAAUUUUAAGAGUUGAUCAGCUUAGCCAGCAACUGGAAGAUUUAAAAAAAGGAAAGCUGAAUGGAUUCCAGUCCUACAACGGCAAGUGGACGGGGCCAGCAGCUGUGGAGUUAAAAAGACUGUACCAGGAGCUGCAGAUCCGUAACCAGCUUAACCAGGAACAGAAUUCAAAACUCCAGCAGCAGAAGGAACUUUUAAAUAAGCGCAACAUGGAGGUGGCCAUGAUGGACAAACGAAUCAGUGAGCUGCGUGAACGUCUUUAUGGGAAGAAAAUUCAGCUGAACCGUGUGAAUGGCACGGCAUCGCCGCAGUCAGCCCUGAACAUGCCUGGCAGGGUCGCCGCCGUGGGGCCUUACAUCCAGGUGCCCAGCGCGGGCAGCGCCUCCGUCCCAGGGGACCCUGCGAAGCCCCCGUCUCUGACUGUUGCCUCAGGAGCUGUGCAUGGAAGAGCCAAGCCCGAUGGUCCUGGUAAGCCCAGAGUGACCAGUUCAUGGACCGUGUCAGACCUCGACGUCGGGCCCCACCACGGCCCCCCACAGCACUCCGCAAGCCCGUCUGUAAACUGUGUGUCUCUGACAGCUAAUGAUGGAAACUGGCCGACAUUGAAACAGGGUUCUAGCCCUUCGGCGAAACCAGUGCAGCUAGCCAGCGCAGGCCGGAAGGACUCAGGUGUGGAGGCGGCUUUAAAACAGGGGCCUGUCUCAAGCCAGCCUCUGCCCUCGGGAGCGUUAGGGGCCACCGAGAAGCUGGGCCCUGAGAUGGGGAAAGUGCCACCAGCCCUUCCUGGUGUGAGUAAGCAGCUGCCUCCAAGCUAUGGGACGUAUCCAAGUCCUACUCCUUUGGGUCCGGGGUCGACAAAUUCCCUGGAGAGGAGGAAAGAGGGCAGCUUGCCCAGAGCCGGAGCAGGCCUGCCAAGUCGACAGAAACCUGCCCCACUGCCGCCAGGAGGCAGUGUGCCCCAGCCGGGUUCCUCGCAGCAGAUCCAGCAGAGGGUCUCCGUGCCACCAAGCCCCCCCUGCCCUCCGGUGGGGCCACCUGCCUUUCCUGCCGGGGACAGCAAACCUGAGCUCCCCCUGACUGUGGCCAUCAGGCCCUUCCUGGCUGAUAAAGGGUCCCGGCCACAGUCUCCCCGGAAAGGACCCCAGACAGUGAACUCAAGCUCCAUCUACUCCGUGUACCUACAGCAGACCGCCCCCCCAAAGAAUUACCAGCCGGCAGCGCACAGCACCUUGAAUAAGUCGGUUAAAGCAGUGUACGGUAAGCCUGUUUUGCCCUCGGGGUCGACGUCCCCGUCACCGCUGCCGUUCCUGCACGGGUCGCUGUCCACAGGCACACCGCAGCCGCAGCCACCUCCAGAGUGUGCUGAGAAAGACCUGGAGCAGGACAGCCCAGCCCCGGCCGGAGACAGCAGCGUGGAGAGCCUCCCGCGGCCUCUGAGCCCCACCAAGCUCACGCCCAUCGUGCACUCGCCGCUGCGCUACCAGAGCGACGCAGACCUCGAGGCCCUGCGCAGGAAGCUGGCCAACGCGCCCCGGCCCCUGAAGAAGCGCAGCUCCAUCACGGAGCCCGAGGGCCCCGGCGGGCCCAACAUCCAGAAGCUGCUGUACCAGCGCUUCAACACGCUGGCUGGCGGCAUGGAGGGCACGCCCUUCUACCAGCCUGGCACCGCACAGGACUUCACGGGCACUCUGGCUGACGUGGACAACGGCAAUGCCAAUGCCAACGGGAACCUGGGGAGCCCCGCCUCUGCCCGGCCCACUGCCCCGCUCCCGGUCGGGCUGGCUCCGCCGUCAGAUGCCAAUGACAAUGAGCUCCCGUCCCCUGAGCCCGAGGAGCUCAUCUGUCCCCAGACCACACAGCAAACUGUGGAGCCUGCCGAGGACGCCAACAACAACGUGGCCACUGUCCCCUCCACGGAGCAGACACCCAGUCCCGGGGCUGAGGCCCCCUCCCCAGGGGAAGAGCAGGUGCCCCCAGCACCUCUGCCCCCCGCCAUCCCCACUCCCGCAGCCUCAACGACCAAACGGACCAACCUGAAGAAACCUAACUCCGAGCGGACAGGGCAUGGCCUGAGGGUCAGGUUCAACCCCUUGGCGCUGCUCUUAGAUGCUUCUCUGGAGGGAGAAUUUGAUCUGGUGCAGAGGAUCAUCUACGAGGUGGACGACCCCAGCAAGCCCAACGAUGAAGGCAUCACCCCCCUGCACAACGCAGUCUGUGCCGGCCACCACCACAUUGUGAGGUUUCUGCUGGACUUUGGGGUCAACGUGAACGCGGCCGACAGUGACGGAUGGACGCCACUACACUGCGCUGCCUCCUGCAACAGCGUCCACCUCUGCAAGCAGCUGGUGGAGAGCGGGGCCGCCAUUUUCGCCUCAACCAUUAGUGACAUUGAGACGGCGGCAGACAAGUGUGAAGAGAUGGAGGAAGGCUACAUUCAGUGUUCCCAGUUUCUGUAUGGGCUGCAGGAGAAGCUGGGCACCAUGAACAAGGGCGUGGUGUACGCUCUGUGGGACUACGAGGCCCAGAACAGCGACGAGCUGUCCUUCCACGAAGGGGAUGCCGUCACCAUCCUGCGGCGCAAAGACGAGAGUGAGACCGAGUGGUGGUGGGCUCGCCUCGGGGACCGCGAGGGCUACGUGCCCAAGAACCUGCUGGGGCUGUACCCGCGGAUCAAGCCCCGGCAGCGGACCCUGGCCUGACUCGCCGCCGAGCAGCGGGUGUCGCCGCCACCGGGAGCCAGAGAGGCGGAGCCUGUGGCCUCCCCGGAAGCGGAAGCUGGGUGGCCGGCAGCCCGCGGGAAAGCUGCGGCGGUAGGGGAGCCCGAAACCAGGAGAAGCGCUUGUCCCCAAGACUGAACCUUGCCAAUUACUGUAAAUCCAAAUAAAUACCCAGCUUUCCAUCCUCCACCCGUUGCCAAUUAGAAGCCCUGUAAUUAGCCACGCGGUUGCCAACGAGGACAAAAGCUCCAGCUGGUCCCUGUGCUGUGACUCAUUCAGAUGCCACCCCCCACACACCCCAGAAGCUUCCAGCUGCUGUGAGGCACCCCCCCCAGCACCUCCCUGUGUCAGUGAUGAAAACCGCAGGAACCCCUGUCCUUCCCCACCCUGUUACCAAAGGACCCUGCGUGGACGCCGUGCAGUGACGGUCUAGCCCCUAGCAAGCACCCUGCUGGGCCCAGGGUCCGACUACAGCCCAGACGUGCGCUGGGCAGGGUGGAGACGGUUUAGCUCGUUCGCAGAAUCUCAAUAAAAGCCCCUCGCCGCCUCCCUCACAGCUCUCUGCUGCAGCGUCCACGAUGGUGGGCGAGACACUGGGGGCCGCGCCAAGCCGAGGGCAGGGCGGGGCCACAGCAGCAUCCGGCAGGACCCCCGGGGGGCCCCCCUGGCUGCUCCUGACAACCAAGGGGGAGUUGCCCCUGUCGGCUUUUUAUAACCCAAAGUAUUUUUUGAUGUUACCAUUCAAAACUACCAGAAAGCUAUGCUGGAAGUAAGUGUUUUUUCCUUCAUUAAAUGAUAGGCCCGCAGGCUUUAUUUUCACGAGUCUGCGGGUAACACACGCGUGAGUGUGUGUGCAGCCGCGAGGCAGGCGGUGGUUGGCAGCGUGUAAGCCCCGACAUCUCCUGAGGCAGCCUGCACCCUGUUGGCCAACCCGCGGCCUCGGUGUGUCAGUGUGCACAAUAAACCAGUCUCCGUCGGC